UAAUACAACAUAUACAGAGCAUAACCCACAACUUACUGGGAAACUAUCCAUCAUUAAUACCACUAGUAUUAAACUUUCUACAGUCUGUCAGAGAUUGUUCACCUCAUAGUAGCAAUGUUUAUAUGGAUAUUUUAUCAACCCUACAUAAAUCUGUUCUAUCAAUAUCAUAUGAGGAUGUUUUAAAUCAAUAUGGUUUUUAUCUACAAGUCUUUCAAACAUCUGCUAAAGAACCAGAACUCAAUCAACAGAGUAGUGUUGUAUAUCUACAAGGACUAGUGAAGUGUAGUUUAUAUAAUGAUUUAUGUGGAUGGUAUUUUGGAAAUGCUGUUCUAACUGUUUGUAGAAAUAUUUUAUCACACCAAGAUACAGAAACACUCUUUACUGAAUUAGGAGAGUUAUUGUAUGAGAUGUCCAUUGUUUGUGAUGAUACAGAUAUACAGGAUAGAGCCAGAUUUUAUUACGCGUUAUUAACUAACGCUGCUGAUAACAAGAUUAACAGUGUACUUCAAGAGUCUGUGCCUGAUGGUAAAUUUACAGGACAAAACUUCUCUUCACUUUUACCAGGUUCUAUGAAUGAGAAGAAAGCCAGUAUAAAUUACUUAACACAACCAAUAUUCUCCUGGGAAAGAUUAAGAAUAAAACCAGUUUUUACAACCAAAGAUGAACAAGUAUCACUGACAGAUAAUAUUGAAGAUUAUCUGAAUAUAUUAAAGAAGAUAACAAUACAGCUAGAAGCAACAUAUAAACUCUCUGUGGUAAAAGAAAGUAAGUUUAAUGAUAUUUAUGGUGUAUCAGUUAAACUUGAUGAUAAUAACGUCUUUAAACCUGUCAAAGAUUGCCAUGUAAUAUCAAUGGCUAAAUCAGAUUCUACAGAAGUCACCUUGACCUUUGAACCUUUGGAACCGAAACCAGCCACAUUCUCGACCAGUGUUUUAUUAACGGCUGAAGGUGAAACUUACUCAUCGCCUCUCCCAUCAACAGAUAUCAACUUCACAGAUUUACUUCUACAGUUUCCAUGGCAACUAUUCAAUAUCCAAUCAGAAUCACGAUACGAGUUUUGGUGUAAAUUAUGGAAUAAGUUUACUGAUGAUUCUGAUGAUGCCAGUGGUGUAGAAUCACACAAGACAUCCAGCUGUUCAUUAAACAGAAUACAGAUGUUAUGGGAAUCAUUUCGUGUUGAUGAGGACAGAAAAGAUACGUCAAGAUAUUUGAUGAUUCUACCACCGUCCUUCCAUAUUCUGUUUCAAGUUAAAACUAGGAAACAAAAUCUAGUCAUCUCUAUAGCAACUGAUCAUUGGCCUUUAUUACCAUUAAUAAAUAAUUAUUUAAAUACCUUAAACUCUUAGGCACCUGUAAACAUUGACUACCUCAGUGCCUUGAUAAAAUUGAGAACAGUGAUGGUAUACAGGUCUCAAUUCUAUGGAAUACAAUUACUGCUUAUUACUGAGCGACUAUACUCCAGUUCAGUUACUAAAUGCCAUUAAAACGAUUUAACAGUGAUGGUAUUUUUACAUAGAGGAUAUUUGUUGGAAACAAAGUAUUCAUGUGUUUAACCAGUUCUAUCACAUUGUUACAGAUUAACUGUAGCAAAGAUUUCAGUGUUAAAGUUAUAUUUGGAAUGUGUUUAACUCAGGCCCUUAGUUCACAAAGCAUUCUCAGACUUGGGCUAAGAAUUAACUCACCUUUCAAUCACUGUUUAUGUAGAAUAUCUUUGAUCCAGAAGCACAAAACUUUGCACAUAGUUUCUUAUUGAUGUAUUUGGUACAUUUAAACAACAAAAGUUUUAUAAAGGGCUAUAUUUUAGUUAAAAUAAGGCGAACGAUUUUGAGUAAAUUCUUUACUGAAGUCUUAGAAUGCUUUGCGAACUCAAGGCCAGUUUUAUGUAAUAUUGAUGGACACCAAUAUCUUCCAUUGAAGAGUAGGUUGAAUCAGUAUAAACAUGACAUCACAUUUACUAGACAAACAGAGAGAGCCAGAAAUGGGAUUUAAUGUCCUUGUGACACAAUCUAUGUCAUUUUGGGACUAACAUAUGAUUCAAUUUUAUUUCAAUAAUUUUACCAGAGGACCCGGAGAAAACCAACAAGGUUGGACAGGUGACCCUUCUCCUUGUCACAUACAACCUGGGAAUCGAAACCACACCAGUUGACUCAAUGACAAACCUUAUGAUACAGCCUGCAUGUGCUAACCAUUCAGCCAUCCAACCCCUCAUUCAGUAUUUUGAUUAUCAGAGUAUGAAUUCUUGUGAUCAGAAACCCCGUGGAUAUAGGACAGGAGUAGGCUACUCCUAGAUAUCAGGGGUUGGAUGGCCGAAUGGUUAGCACAUGCGCGCUGUAUCGUAAGGUCUGUCAUUGAGUCAUCAGGCAUCGUUUCGAUUCCCUGGUUGUAUGUGACAAGGAGUAGGGUCACAUGGGUUUUCUCUGGGUCCUCCAGUUUCCUUCCACUGCUAAAGACCCUACGCACAAGCGAAUUAUUGAAAUAACCCCAUUUCUCUCUCUCUCUCUCCUAGAUUAUCAUUUGUAAUUAAAAGAUAAAAUAUAAUUGUGCAAUAUAUUUUUAUAAUAAAUUAU